AAAGAUAGAACGGUUACAACUUCAUAAAAUCAUGGGCCAUCGCGUUUAGUUUGUCAAUAAAUAGGAUAAAUGCCUGAUGGACUCUUACAAAAGUCGUCUCUUGACAACGCGGAAGACCAAGAGGUUCAGGCUAUCAUAGUCAAGGUUGACGCAUGUCGACAAAACCUCAUGGAUUGCAAAGCUGUGUAUGACGGACUGCCAAUAGAGCAUAAGCAAUAUAUUGCCUCCAGGUUCAACCACAUAGUUGCUCUGAUGGAAUACGCGAGUAACAUGGAAGGUACAGAUGAUGGUAUUGAUCAGCAUGUACAAGACCACGAAAUGAAUCAAAAGUUGAAUGCGCAAGCAUCAGAAAUAGAGACACUAUCAUCUGACACAUCUGAAGACGAGAAUGAAACUGUGGAAUAUAUAGACCACAGGUCUCAACAGCAGAGAGAGAAGGAAUGGGAAGAAGAAAGAUGUAUACAAGACACAUUGAGGGAAAAGGAAAAGAAAGAGUGUCAAGAGCUUCAGCAACCUUCCGACCCCUUGGAUCAGUUAUUUAGCGAUGAAGAUGCUCUCAAAUACCUUAAAUUCUCGAAGAGCGAUCUAAGACGACUGGCGAAGCUCUUAGAAAUGAACAUUCAGCCACCGCCUUGGGGAGGAGACAUCAGUGGUCCUGAGGCCCUAGCAAUACUUCUCUUUAGAAGCUCAGAGACUGUCAGUCUCGAUGAAGAGGAAUACCACUUUGGAAGGUCCAAAGAUAUGCUGAGACACGUCAUCAAUGUUGUCAUCGCUUUCUUGUGCCGUAAAGUUGAGGAUAAGGUUAAUGUUUUCGAUAACAACUUGAGAGAGCAAAGAGUUAAACUCUUCAAUGAUGCCAUUAGGGCCAGAGCUGACGAGAUUGGAUCCCAUGCCUUUGAUGAUGUUUGCGGAUUUGUUAGCACUCUGCCUGUGUCAAGACGGACCCAGAGUUACGCACCUUGGUAUGACGGGCCGCAAGAGUUUUACUCAUCCCAAGUAGUAACGACUCCUGAUGGAAUUGCCAGCUCCUGUGUACGCCCAAGAAGCUCUAAUGGAACAAACCCAUUCGUGUUUUAUGAAGUGCUCCAUCGGCUCAAGGUUAUUUAUCCGUACAAGAUCCUUGGCGACUCAGAGUACGAAGCUGUGUUCAAUGAGCUUCAAAAACGACAUAUUGACAAGGAUAAUCUUAUUCUGAAGUAUGUAACCGAUGACGACGAAGCCAAUGAGGUUCUAGUUGUUAACGAAUGGAUGCGUCAGUCUUUAAGAACAGAAUCACCUCGUGUCUUCUCAGUCACUCUACCUUUAGAGGGUGACCAUCUGCACGAUUUGUUUUAUAUAGGUGUCUUUCUAUCGAACUGUCGAACUUGCUUACGUGGAGGAAACCGGAUAUCUGAUUACUUCCACGUUGCACCACCAACCAUUGAAGAGUAUAUAAACUCAUGAUAUCCCUGUCGAUGUUCAUAAACAACUUACGAAGUGAUUUACUUAGGGGAGCAAUGACAGUCAAAAAUACUGAAAGGUGUUCAAUAGCAGUGAUAUGUCAUCUGAGUUUUCGCAUUCAUUGGUAAACAUUGUUUAUCGAUACAAACUGCUUGGACUUGUU